AUGGGUCCCAAAACACACGACAAUGCCAGACUCCAAACGGCCAAUGCCACAAAGCAAUUGUUGGACUCAUUUGGAUGGGAUGUUUUGAACCACCCCCCGUAUUCCCCCGACCUGGCACCUUCAGAUUACCAUUUAUUCACUUCACUGAAGAAGCACAUGGGUGGAAAAAAAUUUUCAACUAACGAGGAGGUGAAGGAGGAGGUCGACAAGUGGAUAAAUGAGAUGGCGGCAGAGUUCUACGAGGCAGGAAGAGAUUCUACUGCAUUGGAAGAGAUAGUGACUAUGUUGAAAAAUAUCACACAAAUAUAUUAA